AUGAGCAAGCAUUUAGCUAUUACCAAGUUCCGUCCAGCCAACUGGCUACAGAAAGCAGGGUAUGCACCACAAGUCUUUUUAUUCAGAAACCUAGAGAGUGGACAAGUGCUGUACUCUCAAUUCCCGACUUUUUCUUGGAAGCAAAUUGAUACCAAUUUCCAAAGACCCAACUGGGAGAAUAAGAAACCAAGCACCAGACGUGAUAUUUGGAAAUGUAUGGCUGUUGUUGAUCUACCAGACUACGACAAGAGUGUAAAAGUAUACCAGAAUUUGUGCAGAUUAAGAUAUCUCCGUGAUGUGACAUUCAGUAAACAGGCAAAAGACAUGAGAAAGAAGAAUGAGUCCGGCCACACAUGGUACUCAUCGCAAUACAGACCAACAUACUCUCAAGAAGCGGUUGCCGAUUUGCGAGAAUGUCUCCUAAAGUUGAAAGACGUCCAAUCGUCCAUUAAGGUCCAUUGGGAAGACGAAUGGAGAAUGGGGGAUAAAGAGAAAUACUGGAACCCAGUAUUGCCAGAGUUGAAUCACACAACACUAGAACGUUUGGGGAACGUUUCCAGAGAGGAAAGUGCAAUUUUGAAAGAACUAGGCGAAAGAGCCAAAGAAGAGUUCGCAAGAGUGAGACAACAGGAGUCAGCUGCUCAAAACAUCUCUCUAUGA